GGGGAGAGUAGCAGCGCGUCUGUAGAAAAAUUAUAAUAAUCACUUUAGAAAUUAAUGGUACCUCCGCGAAGGCACGGGAGAUCCGUGCCGGGAGUGACAAGGUGGACCUCCGUAGUGGGAGCAAGAGUAGAAUGUGCAAAUGGCGACUCCUCUCUCAUCGGACCAAUCGUUGCACGCGUUCGAGGGCCGAGUAACGUUGGCCACACCCAUUCGCGACGCCAACGUGUCCUGCGCGUAGAGGUAUUCUCACCCACACUCGCCGGACCAGUCACCACUCGGACGACGUAUUCAGCUUACCACACACGUCUUCUUUUUCUUUUCCACCGGAUCCCCGGCUUGUGACGUACACGCACGCGAGAAAAAUCGCGAUAAAACAGAAGAUAGUUUUUCGCCGAUUUUUUCGCAACGAAUUUUAUAAAUUCUUGUUGUACUUUCGAUCGGGCGAAAUAAUUUUAAGUUCAUUGAUCGAAAGGACUGCGAAUUGGGAACAGAUUCGCUUUUUGGCGGGAACUUCUCGAAAAAGUGAGCCGUGAGUGACAGUGUUGUCAGUGUUGUCAAAGACGCGAUAGACGUCUAAUUGAGCGACUCGAUCAGUGGAUUUUUUGAUUUUUUAAUCAAAACGACCGUUUUGUGGAAUAAUUGUGUGAUAAAAUAUACGUAGUUCGUAGAAAGUGAUUGACUAACCUCUUAUAAACACUUUUCUUAUUUGAAAAGAAUAUAAAUUUAAUAAUCUAUUAAAACUCUAUUUCAUUAUUUUACACUUCGAUAUUUAUUGAAGUUUACCAAUUCCAUCAUUCUCUAGCAUCUGUCUAGGGACAACACGUUAACGACGUGUUUUUGAAAAACGCGUAUCAUAUCAAGGAUCAACGAAAAUAAUUACUAGUUAUUUUCAUUUAUUAGAGAGAAAAUAAUAUAAACCAGUGAAUAUUUAAAGUGAAAAAUUGAGAGUUUAGCUCACGUGGCGUGUAUUGAUAAUCGGUAUCACGUUUGCGAGAAGAUCGGGAACAGCGAUUUCGGUAGUCGUUAGGCGGAGUCGUCUGGAAAGGUGGUCACGACGCAACAAACGGUGACGAGUUGUCCAGGAGGUGGCGAGGGCGGUGGCGGCGGUGGUGGUGGUGGAGGUGGUGGAAGCAACGAGAAGACGUUCCCGUAUGCAGCCACAACGGGCACGGUAGAGGAGGUGGAGGCGCAGGAGGUGGAGGUAGAGGUCGACGAGGUUAAGAUGGAAGCCGAGGAGCAUCUCGCGAGGGAAUACGUACAGGAGUUUGUUCUCGAUCAUCUCGAUCCCGCCGACGUCAAACGGGAGGUACGAAUCAGCUCCCCAAUGAUGGUGAACGGUAGCGUGGUACAAUUACCUGGCCAGGUACAAACUCAAGGCCUAGCUCUGGCGCCUUUGACGCCGCCGGCGCACGAGCUCGAGCAACCUCAUCCUUUAUACGGGCAGCCGCACAUCCAAGUGCAGCACGGUGUCCUGGUGAAGGCACCUCCGGGUGCAGCUUCUCAUCUGACAACCCUUUCGCAUCCUGGAACACCACCGGAUACGCCUCCGGUUUCGGCGUCCCCGCCGCCGUUGCAAUUGCACAGGAGCGAGCAGGAUUCGCGCGAGAGAGGAUUGUUCCUUCAACUACAACAACCUGGCUCUAUCGUACAGGAUGAGAUGCAGCCCGGCACAGGUGGCAUGGGAUGGUUGACGCAGUCUCUUAGGCAGGAACCGCUCGAUCUCAGACCUCAUUGUCCUCAGGAACCGCCGGAACCGCAUCACGAAGCUUGGCCGAGUCAUCAUCAUUUCCAAGAUCUGCAACGUUUGCAACGUUAUCCCAGACAUACUGGCGGAUACAUCACGAUGUCAGGCCACAUAGAAUACUGUGGAGGUGCUGGAUCAGGCGGCGGGAUGCUUCCCGCGGGCGGAAGUGGAAUUUCAGGAAUGGAAGACAGUAUGCAAGGGAUACAAAUGCAAAGACCGAUGAGCGUUUGUUCAGUGAGUUCUUGUGGCGCUAGUGGACCGAGUCCAGCCCACAGGACAGGGAAUGGUCUUUAUCCAAAUUGCGGGAAUAAUAAUCCCCAGGAAGAACUCAUGAACGACGAGCUGCUCAUGUCGCUUUCCGUGCGUGAAUUGAACAAACGCCUCCAUGGUUGCCCGCGGGAAGAGGUGAGUCAGGUCGUACGCCUGAAGCAGAAGCGACGUACGUUGAAGAACCGUGGCUACGCUCAAAAUUGUCGUAGCAAGCGACUUCAACAACGGCACGACCUUGAGACAACAAAUCGUAACCUGCAGAACGAACUUCAACGGGUAAAAAUCGAACUGGCACGGGUCCAGCAAGAACGCGAUCUUUAUAAGCAACGAUGCGAGAUCCUGAGAACACGGCAAAGCCACAAUCAUAAUCACAAUCACAAUCAUCAUCAGCAACAGGCAUCCCAGCAGCAACAGCAACCGCAAUCACAGCCGCAGCAGCAUCAGACGCAGAAUCAACCGCAACAACAACCACCACAACAACAGCAGCCGCCUCAACAACAUCAACCGGCGCCUGCCAGUCCAGAAGUCUAUCUGUGACAUCGACAGCGCCGAGGAGGCGCUUGCUGGACCUGAAGAGAUAUCCGUCGUGUAAUCGCGAGAUUCUUGAUUGUGACAUACCUGUGCGCGUGGGUUGAAAAAAAGAAAGACCAGACAAGCAACCGGGUAUACACUUCGAGAAAUGUGCGUUUCUUAUUUUCUUUCGAUCUGUGACUUAAGUCUUAAGCACAUCUUUAAUCUCGUCUACGUGUAUAUAGUGUUUAGUUCUUCCAUAUUUUUUUCUUAUGUAUAUGUAUAGAUUUGUUAAGAGCUACGGCAAAAAAAAGAGCCUUGACUGUUAAAUCGACUUUGUAAAUCGCGUAUGAAGUUACCAACGCAACUAAGGUAUCAUUAGAUUAAAAAUAAUUAGUUCUAUUCUCAUAGAUAUAAUAUAUUGCUCGUGGUAGACUGGACGUCUUUACCAAAUAUUGUACCAAAAAGGGAAUAAACAGAAGAAAAAUAGAAGCGAAUCGUAUUUACUUUGUUGUAGCGCAGCAAAAAUACGAAGUAAGAAUGAAGCUCAUGCUCGAAAAUCUAUCGUUCAAGAGGUUUAGCAUUUUAUUGAUUGUUAUUUAAUUUAUAAUCAACAUAAUUUCUUUGAUACGUUUCGUCGCGAAUAAUUGAUUUGAAUAGUCUUCGUUGCUACUUGUUAUUUUUUAUUAUUUUUGGUAUUAAUAAUAUUAAUCUUGUACUAGUGGUGCUGGAUCAUAGGAAUGCGACAAUUUAGGUUAUGUUAUUUAAUAUAUAUAUACAAUUUUGCAAUAAUACAAGAUUUUUUAUUGUUUUGGAUUCAAUUAUUUGGAUUUAAAAAAAUAGAGUAUUAUUCUAAGAUUAGACUAAGUUAUCGAUUAAAAAUAUAUUUUCAUUUUUUAUAAAUUUUAAUAAAUAUAUAAGAUAUUUAAAUAAAAAUGGGCAUGCAUAGCUUUUUUUAAGAAAAAAAAACUUCUUAGAUAGAAAUGAAUUUUGAGAAAUAUAAAUUAUAGUGAAAUAUUUAAUACAAAAUAAAGUUAAAUGCCCUAAAAUUAAAUAACCUAAUCUAAAUCGUGUUAAUUACCUGUGAUACCAAUCAAGAGUUAUUCAUCGUGUUAAGUACGAUAUAUUCAACGAUAUUUUCAUUGAUUUAAUUUUUAGAAACCACUUAGUUUUUUAUGUAAAUGACAAAUAUUUUAGAACAUUGCUUAUAAAGUGGAACACGCCUUAUAUAUUCUAAUUUUCUUCACGCGUUGUAAGAAAAAGACGAUUCAAAGAGAGAUUAAUAGAUUUAGUAUGAUUUACUUUUUUUUCUAUUUUUUUUAUUAAACAGAAGAUGAAACAUUGGAUAGAAAUAUACGAAAAUAAAGCUUAGAUAGCAUUAGCUUAAUAUUUUAUCUCACCCACUUUUUUUUAAUUGUUCCUUUUUUUUCUUUUUAUUCAUUGUGAAUAGUUAUGUGUGUGGAAUAUAAUAUGUAAUAUAAUUUUUUGAAACUAUUAUUUAUUGUGAUGAAAUCAAAAUUAUACAUCUUAUUAUUAGGACAAUUAUUCUACAAAUUUAUACAGAAUACUUUCAAAUAACCAUAUAAAUCUAUCAAGAAAAUCGUCAAAUCUUUCGUUGGUUAUGAUUGCUUAAUUUUUGCGGCCUGAUCAUUUUAAAUUCGGUCAGCUUAUUGCCAUCUAGUAGUUAAAACGCUAAUUAAACAACAAAAAUUAGAUAAAUCCAAAUCUAUCGGUCUAAGCGUGUUUUCACUUAUCUACCAAAUAUUGCGAUCCGUAUUUCGACGAUUAAUCGGUGAAUAGUACGAAUCGUUGUGUAUUUCUUUAUCAAUGAAUAUCAUUUAUAUUUUGUUUCUUUUUUAUUUUUAUCGCGAUAACUAAUUCUUACAAAUUAGACGUUUUAUUUCAUUUUGUCGUUUUGCGAUGCGAAAUCCGAUUCGAAUCGCGUUUCAAAGAUCGCAUCGUCCAAAUAAAAAAGUGAAAUCUGUUUCUGGCUUCUAUUAUAUUAAUAUCUAUGACAUGUAUAGCGCGAAUGGAUUGGUAAUUAUCCGUUUUCGAUCAAAUUCGAAAUGACGAACAUCGAGAGCCAAAUGGAUCUCAAGAAGAUAAAAAAAUAAAAACGCGUACUGAUACAUUUUCAUUACGCGAACAGUGAUAUCGAUUUUAGUACUUAUGGCACAAAUUGAUUUGUAUACGGUAGCUCGAUAUAAAUUAUUGGCCAAAUUUUAGAUUUCUUUUUAGGUAGUUCUUUAGAAAAGAAAAGGGGGCUACGUUAUAUUUUUUUGCGUUGAACAGCGGCGUAAAUUUUGGUGCAAAAUUUUUAAAUGAUUAUUUAGUGAUAUAUAAUAACUACGCGAUAAUAAAUUAUUGAAAAAAAAUUUUCGAAAAUGAAAAUUUUUAAAAAAGAAAAUUUUAUAGAUAAACAAAACUUUUUUAUUCAUUUUUUUGUUUAAUUUGUAAUUGUAUGAGUGUAAAAAUGAUAAGAUAUCUAUUUGAUACAAAAAUUACGCCACUGUCAUAUCAGAUGACAUAUGAAGUACUAUAUUAUUGUUUUAUCGUGAUUGGAUUACUUUAGGUCGUUUCUGUCGACCGAGAAUGUUUCCAAUUCGAUUUAAGAAUGUUUUAAUUCCCGUUACAUCUUUUCAUGUGUAUAUAAAAUAAUUAUUAUACUUCUUAUUAUAAAUAAAUGUCGAUAUCGGCAGUUUCAGAUA